AUGAAGAUUUACACCUUGGUCUGGUUAACAACGGCUCAGGUGUAUUUUGGGGCUUCCUUCGUUACGCUAAGAAGCAUCCAGGGCGCCGGAAGUGGGAGGAGCUAUAGUGGAUAUCCUCAGCUUAAAGGCCACGCCCCCAUGCUCGACCCUCCUCCUCUCAGACGGCACCAGCUGGGCGGCCGUUAUCCUGCAGGUGGUGAUGUUGCUGUGGAACUGGCUCGUCUUCUGUCCGCUUGGGGCGUGGGUGUCUUCCGGGCGACAGGUGGCGAGAGGGAGGCCAACGGGACAGGAGACCAGCUGUCACAGGUGGUUCCUUUGGCUCGUCAGAUUCGCCUCAACUACCGGUGCACCAACGUCGUGGUCAUCAGCCGUGACCUGACCUUCCUCACCGCCUUCGCCAAGAGGUCACUCCAAGACCGCCUCUUGGUGUGGUCGACGAAGCUCCUCUUGGUCACCCGCCGAGCUCUCCGGGAGGUCCAGGAGCUCUUGGAAGCGCACUGGACCUUCUCCAUGCUGAACACGGCGCUGCUGAACCUCUGGGAAGACGAGGGCGGUGCCAGAUAUGACGUGUAUCUCCACAUGCCUUACGGACCGGGCGGGAAAAAGUCGCGCCGCGUGGCCACCUGGACGGCCAGACGGGGCGUCGUUCUCAGAGCGCGCCAACGCCUCUUCCCCGAGAAGUUUCUGAAUUUCCACGGCGCCGAGGUCAAAAUAACUGCCUUGCCGUUCCUCCCCUUCUGGAACGUGGCCAAGGAGAAGGGGAACGGCGGCGCGGAGGUGGAACGCUACACGGGGUCUGACUACGUGUUGCUCGAGACCCUGGCGUGGAAGAUGAAUUUCACCAUCAGCAUUCUGCCGUCGUCGUCUUGGUCGGAGGCCACGAGAUUCGUCGAGGAGCGCCUGGCGUUUAUGACCUCCAUCUACCACAUCGUCCUCCCCGGCCGCCAGGAGCGCUACGACUUCACCUUCACCUACGAGUUCGCGCAGUUCUCCUUCGGAUUGGCCAAGCCCUUCCUCAGGCCCCGCUGGCAGAGCCUCUACUACCCGCUGACGGACGAGGUGUGGGCGGCUAUCCUCGCGGCGGUCGUGGUGGUGCCUCUGGUGCUGUUCGUGAUCACCCGCCUCUGGCACGUGGAAGAUGCAGAGGACGAGAACGAAACGAGGGCGUGGCGAACGAAGCUGGGAAGAGCCGCCCAAGACCUCACGGGGAUGCUCCUCGGACAGUCUCCCCCUCAAGGACUACCGAGGAGGUCUUCUACUCGAGUCCUGGUUGGGGCGUGGCUGCUUUUCUCCAUGGUGGUGGUCUACGUCUACAAGGGGAAUCUGACGGCUUCUCUCAUGCUGCCCAAGUACCCGCCGAGGCCUGAGACGCUGGCUGAACUCGUCACCGCCGUAGAUACAGUUGCUAUUAGACAUAUUCAUCUAAAUUACUCUCAUAAUCACGAAAACAUUCCUCAUAAACGUUUCCAAAAUGUCAAAUCAGAAGCUAAUCCUAAGAUGCAAUAUUUAUACGAUCAGAAUCACCAUGCCGCCCUACGGAGAGGAUUUCCGUCGUUUCUUCAAGGCUUCGGAUUCCAUUAUCUUCAAUAA